UGGACGGUCAUUGUAAGAACUUCCAUUUUCGUAUGUUUCGUAAAAGGUUCGGCACCUUAUGGAACUAGGAAUUGGACUGCAACAUGUCCUGUCAUUUUUAGUCUAGCAAAAGGUAAGACGGUGCUGCACCAUAAUGGAACUGCGGCUCCAUAAAUUCGUUUUUCGCAGAGGAAAAGCCCCAUGUUCGGCAUCCAAAAAAGUGUGCUUAGUAAAUGUUCGUCUGUCGAUUUGCAGGAUGAUCGGCUCGGAGUGCAUGCAGGCGUUGCAUUUUGUCAGCAAUGCUGAUUGCAUAUUAGUUAAUGGCUCUAUAAGGAUGUGUGAUUCCCUCGCGCACGUACGUGUCUACUCUAUGAGUAUUGUUACAAAGUACAACGACAUCACUCAGCACUACCUCACCUCCACUGCAUAUAUGUUUACUUGGAUCUUCAGAAAAGGGCAAGACCACCCACCCCCACCCCCAGUUUUUUGGUGCGUUUUUUGUAAGUAAGCGUGCGACGUAUUUUUAUUUUGUUGACAGACUUACUCUUGUAAACAGCACAAAGACAGGCAUAUGGAUAUACGCAGGAGAGACUUGGCCGUACGGUACGGGGCUAAUCAUCUCCAAUCAUCUCCUGCUCCGAACAGCCCCGACGUGCUGCGAGUGUUCUACCAUCCAGGAAUUGUGUGGGUUUUUGUUUCGACUCGCUUCCAAAAUAUAGUUUUGAUUCCUAUUUAUUCUGUCCCUUUUGGAUGACUGUCCUGAAAUUGAACAGUGAGUUGGAGAAUGCCGCUUCCUUCACCGAUGCAGAUCAACUGAGGUAUGGAAAUCACUGCCGCAUUUUGCAGCAGCUGAUGCAUCUUGCAUGUGUGCUUGACAAAACAAGUUUGUCUCAAGUCUAUUAUCGGAGC